UGGCGCUGUGUUUGUCCACGGUGUUUUGACUCGAGCAGCUGUAGUGGUUGCGUUUUAUUACUGAACAUGUAAAAGUGCAGGUAAACAGAUAAAAACCUAUAUAUUUCACUAUAAUGCAUCCAUGAUAAAAACGUAAAAGCUGCACGGAAGCUGCUUGUAUUAGCAUGCUGUUUCACAGCCGUAGUUAGCAUCAGACUUCGCUGAUACUCCACGAGUUUGAAAAUGCUUCUUUUAGCAACUUUAAUCCGUCAAGACAUGAAAACUAUAAGGUUUUUAGCUUCUUUACAAUCUAACAAAAGCGGUAACUUCUGACAUACAUGCAUAUCAAUCGAUAAUUUAAUGCUAGUUAAUGAUAACAUGAGAGGCAAAUCCGGGGCUACCUAAAGGAAACACACUGUCAUGGCGGCUGCCACUAGGCUCAUAUCGAGGCUGACCCUGGUCACUGGGGGCGGCAGUGGGAUUGGACGGGCGGUGUGUCAGCGCUUCGCCUCCGAGGGCGCCUCUGUGGUGGUCGCCGACAUCAGCGAGGAGUCGGCCAAUGAGACGGCGGGGAGCCUGCCGAGUGACCUCAGAGGACAGACGCACAUGGCGGCUGUGGUGGAUGUGUCGUCAAAGGAGAGCGUGAAGAAUCUGGUCACAAGUAUACAGACUCACUACUUUCAGCCUCCCUCAGUGUGUGUGAACGCAGCAGGCAUCACCCAGGACGACUUUCUGCUCAACAUGGAGGAGGAUCAUUUCGACAGAGUAAUCCAGGUCAACCUGAAGGGUUCAUUCUUGGUCACUCAGGCUGUCGCUCAGGCUCUGGUGGCCUGCGGAGCACCCAAAGGAUCCAUCGUCACCGUGGGCAGCAUCGUGGGAAAGGUGGGAAACAUCGGACAGGCGAAUUACGCCGCCUCAAAAGCAGGAGUGGAGGGUUUAACCAGGACCGCAGCCAAAGAGCUCAGCAGGUUUGGGAUUCGGUGUAAUUGUGUGCUUCCAGGUUUUAUAACCACACCAAUGACAGAUAAAGUUCCAGAGAAAGUUAUUACUAAGAUGAAGUCCUUGGUGCCUCUGGGAAGAAUGGGUGAGCCUGCAGAGGUCGCUGAUGUCUGUGCCUUUCUCGCUUCAGAUGACUCGCGAUACAUCACAGGAAUUAGCAUGGAAGUGACAGGUGGACUUUUCAUAGGAUAAAUCAGACUUUGGUCACACCUGACGGGAGGUCAGUUCAUCAAAGUUAACUCGAUAUAAUUCAGUUAUGACGGUGAUUGUACGUUAUUCACUCAGUCAUGAUUACUGUUGAUCAUGUCUUGUAAAUCUGGCUGUGAACAUUUGUUAUAAUGUAUUAAGCCAAAAUUUGUGCAAAUAAACAGUUUGCUGUUUGU